AGAAGUGACGUCAAGGCAAGCACUGCUACUUCAGCCGAAGUAAACGAACCUGUCAGUGUGUGGAAAUUACACGACCUGUAGUUCAGCUUGUUACAUUUGAUUCUGCAAAAUGGAUAAUCUGUUGUUUUGGCUAAAUGUGUGAUAUAUAUUGUGUGUUGAUAUGACGAUUUUGUAAAUAGGAGCUGUCUGCUUGGGCAGGUGUGACUGGCCGCUAUGGACGGGCCAUACACUCGAGUUUUACUUAUAAGCGCAAAUGUUGGUUCCAUUUUCGAGGAUCCGGAUCACAUGUUGAAACUAUGGCUCGCAGAAUUCCUUAAGACGGUACAACAUUAUGAACCUGGUCUGCUUGCUCUGCAUUGCCAAGAAGUCGGUGGUAAAAACUAUGAGGCUUCCAUGCAACAUGUAAACUCUUUUGUGAAGUCUAUGCUAGGUUGUGAAGAACUACAGAAAUAUGACAGGGUGCGUGUGUUUCUUGAUGAAGAUUACACUGCUGCUGACAAGUUCACAGCACUUGGGAAUUUAUACUUUAUCCACGAGUCCAUCGACGAUGUCAUGAUCUGGGAUUUUGUUGAUUGCAAAUUUGUACCUGUGCUUGGACGAGAGGUACUUUCAGGGAAUAUAGAGAAUGUCCAAAUCAAGGAGAAAGCUAAGUUUCCUCAGGAUUUCUUCCCUGAUUUUAAAUGGUCAAGGAAAGGCUUUAUCAGAACAAGGUGGAACAUAAGAAAUUGUUUAUUUGAUCUUGUCAACAUUCAUCUAUUCCAUGAUGCAUCCAAUAUCAUCGCAAUGCAAACAAGUCCCUCAGUAUACAGUAAUAACAGAAAAGCAGCACUCCUACAUACCCUGCAGAGGUUUGAAAAGGACCAGUACGACAAAGUCCCGAUGUUCAUAUUUGGUGAUUUUAACUUCCGUCUAGAUGUUCAUCAGCUAGUUUCGAGUUUGACCUCAAAAACUAAAACACACCAAACUAAAGGAAAGAAGGACCAAAUUGCCAAAUUAGUUUACUCUGAAGAAGGCAACGGCAAGACUGUGCUGACGAUCGAGACAAAAGGCUUUGAUCACCACGACAAACAUGCAGAGGUUUUCUCGAAGAAAGCAAAAUAUCUGCGGCCCUAUGACAAGGAGAUUCAUUCCUACAAAGACAAGCUGUAUGAAUUUGAUAUAUCUUUUGCACCAAGCUACCCAUUCUCAGAAGACAUCACAGAUGGAGUGUCGUACAUGAAGACAAGAUGUCCGUCAUGGUGUGACCGUAUCCUCAUGUCUAGUAGUGCCAAAAAUAUAGUAGUAAGCGAAGACAAGUACCAGCCCAGAUAUGACAUCAUUGGAAAGGAAAUCUGUAUGGGGGAUCACAAGCCAGUGUACCUGUACCUACACAUCAAAAGAAGUCAAGGUAAUGGACUGCCGGCAUGGGACUCGGGCACCCCCCGUAGACAACUCACAAAGUCUCUCUCCAUCAAUGGCGAGGUGGUCGAAGUCGACCAUUUAGAGGAUAUAAACAUUCAUGACUUUGCUACAUUUGAAAAAGAGCAACACCUAUUACCGGAAUUCAAAAAUAGCAUCCGUCAAAAGCGUUAUUCUGCCCCUGAACAAAGAUCAAAGGAUAAAUUAUUCCAGCAAAUGGGCCGGAAGCCCUCAUUUCAAGAAAUAGCUAAAACCGUCCAGGCUGUUGAAAAAGUAUUGAUCCGCUGGCCUCGUAGAUCAAGAACCCACCAUCAUAGCUCAUCCUCUGAGGAUGAUUUAGAUGAGAAUGUUUCAUGCAGCGACAAGAAAAAGGGGAAGGUGGAUGAGGGUGAUAUAACUGUAGAGCUAGGAGAGUCCUCCUUGGCGGGAAUGGGAGAUAUUGUCACAGACAAAUCGUCAAUCCAUACAACCUCGUCAGACAUUACCAAUACUGACGAGUCAAAUCCUGUCACACCAGCAAAACAACCAUACACAGACGCUUUGAGUCAGGCAGACCCGUCAAACACCUCACAGGGGGACGGGUCUGCAGUGACCUUGGAAAAAACAACACUGCAUGAUCAAACUGUGUCGUCUUCUGUUGUGAAAACGCAUGCGCAUGAGGCUGAUGAGUGUGGCCCAGUAAUUGAUAGCCAGGUCCCUUAUCCCACUGCCCUGGGCUCGGCUACGCUCCUGGUGAAAAAGAAGGGGUCCCCCAGGAAUCCGUCUUCCCAAUCCUCCUCGUCUGACCAAAGGUGCUCAUGCUGCGUCAUCUUGUGAUUGUGGAGUAUUGAGUAGCUAUGUGUUCACUGUUCUCCCACAGUGUCGGCACCUGAACUACUACAGCUACCAACAGCUACCGAGGUUAUCGUACCAAGCACACAGGUGAAGAUAUCUCAUGUGGACACCACUAAAUAUAUCCACAUCCGGCGGCAAAACGGCAACUCCACACGCGUCUUCCGAGAAACGUCUGUCUGACACCAGUUAUUUCCCCUGUUUGUGAUCAUUUGGACACCGGUUGACAGCAAGGAAGUUCUGCUCUAUAUCAAAGUGUAGUUUUGCUGUUUAUUGAUUCUUGUCUUCUAAUAAUGAAAUGUUUCUGUUUACCUGUAUCCUAUAUGGCCUAUUGAAGGAACUCAUGAAAUAUGAUUGGAUAAAUAACAGUCCGAUACUAUGCUUAUCAAAAAUUCUGAAGAGUGAUUUUUUUUUUUUAUUGAAGUUUAAGGAUUUGUAUAUAUUUGCUAAGAAGGUAUUUAGCAGAACAUCCUUGGACUCUACAUUUUUGCUCACUUUGUUUGGUGAUAUACAACCAACUCAUUGUGUUUGUGACAGCUCUUAGUAAUUUUGUGUUUCUAAAUCACCUCAAUAUAUAUAGAAAUAUAGCUGAUACUCAGCAUAGCAGAAAGAUAAGCAAAUGAAAAUUGGCUAUGUUUAAAGUCAGUCUUCAUUGUUUUGUUUUGAAAUUUUAUCUACACAAGUCUUUUGUUUAUGAAAUUUUUGAAGCUGCUUAAACCGUCCUGUUGCUCCAUGGUUUGGGUGACGAAGGUACCACUUUUUGAAAUGCUGAUACACUUUGGAUUGAACUGAAAUAACAGACAUACAUUUCCAAGUGAAUACUAAUUUUCAUUAAAUAUUCUUUUUGGUUUUAGUUUUCAUCUUCAGACUCAAAUUAGUAAAAAUGUUAUAUUGAUAAAUUGUAAAUGAAGUUGGUUUGACUUUGUUUUAAUUGAUAUAACAGAUUUGUAGAUAUUUAAUAUCAAGGGAUAUAGCAGACAUGCAUACAGACACUAAAAUGGUGUCAGAGAAAAUACUUUCAUGUUGAUCAUCUUUAAAAUUAAAAAAACCUUAUUAAUGUCCAAUAUUGAUAUCACAAUUUCAUGAUAUCAUUCAAAAGGUUAUUAAUACAGUUUGAUAGCAGAGUUAGAUAUAACAAGCUAUGUAUAUAUCCUUCAUGCAAUAGAUUUAUUAGAUUGCUUUUUUUUUUUUUAAUUAUCACUGACCCUCAUGAAACAAUUUGUUGAGUGAAGACUUAGCUUUGCCUUGCCUAUACUUUUUACAAAUCUCUAGUGGGCCAGUGAAAACAAUCCAUCUCUGAAAGGUGAAAAAAUAGCACCGUUCCAUGCAUGCCAGCGACACAUUACUAUUUUAGGUCCUUGAUUAUGUGUAUAGUUUUGGGUGGUAUGUGUCCUGUGUAUACCCUGAUAGUCCUUACACGAUCUGGUGGGGAGUAUCCUCUAUGUCCAGGGUAGAUCCUCAGAUAACUUACCUAGUUCCCUGUCCACAUCAAGUAGUGCUUUGUGAUGAGACAUCAGCUGGGCUGAUCUAUACAUGAUACUUUUGUUGAUUUGAUUCUUAUUCCGGUUUAUGCAUUUAUUGGAAUUGUUGAAACAAAACAAAAGUGAUUUGUUAAAAAAUUCCCAGAAAUCGUUUACAAGCUGUAAACGAUUUUAGUAUUUAAGAAAAUUUCUUGUUUCUGUGAUGGUCAUUGUACUAGUUUUACUGUAUAUUAAUCCACAAAUAAGCUCUUGUCUAUAAAUAAGCUCCCUUCUUCAUGUUGGCAGAAUCAUCAAUUUUAAAGUGGUAAGCAUAAACUUUUAUACUAGGGAUAGGAGCUUAUUUGAGGAUAAAUAUUGUAAAGGUUUAGAGUUAUAUUGUCUUUUGGAAGUUGCAGCAGAAAUGUCUCAUAAGGACAUUUAUUUAUUUAACAACUUUAGGAUAUAGUCUGGGAUGUAUAAAACAAUAUGUCUCGGUUUACCAAAUUUUGUUAUAUUUUAACUUGAGACUCCGAUUUAACAGACCAGUCACUUAACAUUCCCGUCUGAAAACUUCUAUCUUAGCUUGUUUAGCAUCAAUCAAUCAAUUAAUCAACAAGAGAUGUCAUUUGAUGUGAAAGAUGGCUGCUUUGUCAAUAUCUAGGGCUGAAUAUAUCCAUGUAAGUAACCUCACCUACAUAGAGUCAUACAGUCCGACUUAUAGUCGGCACAGAGAAAUCUUUUAUGUUUUGUCUAGUAUUUGUUAGGUUUUGACCUAUAGAGAUAUGUGUGAACAUUCAAUGCUAUUGUACCUAAUUGAUGAAAACAAAUCAUGAAAUUUGUGCAAUAUUCCUUUUCUAUCAAACAUGUGUUUAGACAAUGAAGCCAGUUUCAGUUUGGGCAUAAGAUACAUUGUAUAUAAACAACAUUUCUGUUAUUGAAUGGUUGUCUAAACCCAUAUGAUUAUGAAAUCCAUUUUUUCCUCCCACUUUAUUUAACACAUCAAUGUUAUAAAAUGCACGUUUCUGGAAAAUGUCACCUUCCUGUGUAUUUGUUAAAAGAAAAAAAACUUCAUCCUAUUGUAAACUCCUGUUUGGGUUCAUCAAUGAAAAAUAAUUUACAGACCAAAAUUGAGAUGGUGAUAGGUAGUGUAGAGGAAUGUUUGGGUGUGGCAUUGGAUCUGCCAAAAUGUUAGUAGAAUGAUGUGUCGCAUGGAGAAUCCUUCACAUGUAUCUAACGUUUGUUGGUAGCAUCAGGGGGAAUAACUCUUACCUAUAGAAAUAUAAUUAUCCCUUCCUCCAAAAAGAUGCUUUAUGAGGUUGUAUGUAUGUCCAUUGGUUUGCUAUAAGUUUAAGGUAUUGUAUAGUGUUAUUACAGAGAAAUAAUAAUAUUUGGUUUCCAUUAGUGUAUAAAAGUAUUGUCUAUUUUACUUUAUUACUGAAUCAGAUUUUGAUGAUCAUAGAAAAUUCAACAGGAUCUCAUUCGCCUCAAUGUAUCACUCUCAUUGAGUCACUUCAGAAAAAAAUGAACCUUGCAUUUAAAGAACAUCCUGUCUGUGUCUGGUACAAAUAGGCUUAUAAUUACAGAUCCUAUAAAUGGAUUGAAGAUAAUCAUGUAACGGAUGAUAUGUUUAUUGAUAUUUAUUUUCAUUCCUCCGCUAGGGAUUGAACCUGGGACCUCUGAAUUACUAGUCUUAUGCUUAACCAAUGAAGCUGAAGAGAAUUAAUCAAGGGUUAAAAUUUUAAUGAAAGUAGUUGAAAAAAGAGGAAAUGAAUCUAUAUGGAAAGAUUUUAUUUUAGAAUUUGUUGAAAUAUGUAGUUCAUCUUGAAAAUUUACAUUAUGCCUUGUGAAAUUCUGAAGAAUAUUCAUAGGUUAUCAUUAAGAGUAAUGUCACAGAAACAUGUACUAUAGAGUUGAUUGUGAAUUAAUUAGAUUGUGUAUUUUAGUGUAUGAAGGUAGACAGUUUCAGAAACUGUAACUUCCGUAGCUCAAACAAGAGUUGUCCCCCAUGACAUAUUCCAUUGUAAUCAUUUACGAUUGGUCACAGGGUUGAUAUCUAUUAUUCAGUUAGACAAUAAAACCGAACAGGUGUCAUUUUCCAGAGUAAAAUUUUUUGUUUGACCUCUCUAUAUUUGUGUGAAGUUAUCACUUCAUGUGAAAAUAUAUUCAUUGUUUUCCUUGUUACUGUUUUAACUCUUGCCGGCAAGGUUUGUCAAUUAUGCUGUUUGUUAUUGCUGGUAUUUUAAAGCUAGAAUUGAGCUUUGCCAUUCUUUAUGUGUUUACCAGUGCUUUAAAUUGGUUCCACAAAAAUGUAUAAAAUAUAUCAAAUUAACACCAACAAAUGACAAAAAUAAUUAAAAUAUCCUAGUAAUGAUUGCUGAUCAGGCCGAAAUUAGAUACAAAUUACGGAGGCGGAGUAUGAUAGAGUUUCUUUGGGAUGCAAUUACACUGUUAUCAUUCUUUCGGUUUGAAUCUGAAAAACAAAAAGGGAAUAUCAAUCUAUUGGAGGGUGGUGGUAGUUUCUUGCAGUAUGUAAUUUUGAUAAUGAUUGAUAAUAAUCACUCUUUGUUAGAGGUGUAGCAUCUUUGAAAGUUUCUGGGAUAACCACUGGAAUUAUCAUGAGAAGUUAUUCUGUUUUCAACACCCAACAUACUGUAUAAUGGCUCUUGUCACCAGUGUUCGGAAUUUUCCCCUAUGAUUUUGUUUAUAAAAUUCACAGAAAAAAUAGUUUUAAGUUUUAGUGGAGUAACUUCCCUUGAAUCAGGGUGUUAAAUGAAUAUGCACAGAAUUGAAAUGGAUUGCUGAAUACUAACAGAUAUAUUUAUGUAUUGCUAGUAUCAUUAUACUGCUGUACAUCUAGAUAACUCGCCUCUAUGCUUGUAAACUCAUUUCGAAACCAUAACAUGCUAUCAUAGAACUAAUUAGUAUCUGUGUUGCCUGUGUAUUUAUACCAAUACUCACCAUGCACUCUGGUUUACCUCAAAAUUUUACUGUGACUUGGAAUGACAUUAGACUAUACAUCAUCCUGGUAUAUCAACCAAGCUGUGAUAUUCCUUACUCCAAUAUACUGAAUCAUUUGGAGCUUUAGUAAUUUCUAGAUUAGCAGAAGUUUUUUCAGUUGAAUUCUAAUGAAGAAAUUCUCAAAUGAUUUUCCAGUGUAAAGCUGCUAUGGAAACAAAAGAGAAAGAAAUAUAUAACAUCUCUGUAAUUUAUAAACAAAAGACAUCUGGAAUUUCUGUUGUUGACUCUACCACUGCAGGCCGAUCUGUGCUGGUCUCCACAUUAUAUAUCUCCUCAAUAUACUCAAGCAUGACUGUUAUCAAACUACUAAGCUUUUUCUGUUUACUACCUCAGUAAUUAGGUGUUUUUUUCUGUAAUCUGCUAGAUCAUUUGUCAUUUUAGUGUUUUGUAUUUCAUAAUAUAUGGGUAUUUUUCUGUUGUGAUUAUGGAACUAAUUCUCAAUA